GUAAAACGAGCAUUUAAUGCAUUCCGAUAUUUUCAGCUACAAUUACCGACGAGACUUUUACUCCUCGCCGCCAAGUUGCCAACGGUCGGAUCAAUCUGUGACGUCACGCGCCAGGGACAGCAGCAGGGCCUCCCCUUGCAGAAUUCAGACGGAAACGUCCUCGGCAGGGUCGUCCGGUAGCAGAGAGUACUCAGAACUUGCAACGAUGAAAUUCUCAACGGCAGCGACACCGCUGGUUAUCCACAUGAUGUUGGCUCUGAACACCAUUCGACAGUCCAGCGCCGCCCCAGAAAAUGGCAAAUAUGACAAGAAGAAGUACGGAUACGGAAACCACGGAAAAUACACGCACACAACCUCAGGUGAUUAUGUAGAUGAUGUGGACCGCUACCGCUACGUCCACUACGACGAUGGCGAUCGCGGCCGGUACAUCCACGUGCACGUCCCGUACGACGGCGGUUUCGGCAAUUACGAGGGUGGCCACGAGCCGUUCCGUAAUCCCCCGUCCGACGCAUCUGGACUGUACGCGUACGUGCAAAGACCAUUGAAUGAGUCUUGCCUGCGCUUGCUAGAACAGUAUUCCAAAACUUGCAGCGAUACCACGGUGAGGGGUCCGUUCAAGACGACCGAGUUCGACAUCCGGAAGCCGUCGGUGUACACCGAGUACGGAACGCCCUACCCGGAGCUAAACUACGGAGCGUCGUCGCAGCAGAUCAAGAAAACCUCAUCCGCAACGGGGACGGAUCCUCGGGCUUCCAACUUCCCAGGACUAGGAUACCUGCCGGUGCCGAAGCCAUCCAAGGAAUACCUGCCGCCAGUCGCCAAACACCAACUCAGUGAAUCCUCCAAACAAAUCAAGGUGGUUCCCCUCGAGAGCAGAACGUUCUCCGUAACGACAGGAAGUGGCGAGCAAAUCGCAACGAAAAUUCCAGAAAAGCAAACCAGAAUCACGCUGGCCCAGCGACCAACCACGGAACCAUCGACCACACCCCGGUCAACGACGACGGCUUCGACGGCCAGAUCGACGAUCUCGUUAUCAACAACGAAAGCCGCAUCAAUCGAGCAGCAACUUCAUCAAUGUCAGCUGGAAGUGGAGUCGUUGAGGCAAAAGUUAAGCCAUUACGAAGCUGCCGAUCGUCAGUAACAUCGCCGAGGUUUCUGGUGUUAUUUUUUUCUGAGCGUCGAUAUUAGGAGUUUGUUGGUAGCAGCAGCAGCCGUGGCCUCGCCUAGUGGCCGAAAGGAUAGGAAUUUAAUGCAAAAUUUUCAAAUCAAGCAUUUUUAGGCGUUGUAAGGGGUAGAGUUGUUUGCCACAAAUGGCAUGCAAAUAUUUAUUUUAGUCAAAUCGUAUGGUAUCAAAGAUGAAUAAAUGUGACGAUUUGUUGGA